CCUCUGUUGUCGUUUCUGAUCACGUGAGUUUGUAUAAAAGGCGGACGCGUGAAGCUUGUCCGUGUCCUGGUUUCUGUCUGAAGGUGAAGCCUCCGUUAGCUUUGAACCGCCAGCCUCCAUUCAAUUCAUCCAGAAGAUGUCGACUGUGUCUGCUGCUGCUGUGGAGUCUGUGUCUGAGCCCACUGAGCAGAAGAAGCCACUGAAGCCAUGCUGUGCUUGUCCAGAGACAAAGAAAGUCAGGGAUGCUUGCAUCAUUGAAAAGGGAGAGGAGAACUGCUCAAUCCUGAUUGAGGCACACAAAGACUGCAUGAGGGCGCUUGGAUUCAAGAUUUAACCUUUUUUUUUUUUUUUUUUUUGUGUGUGUGUGUUGCUGUGCAAGAUGACCCUGGAUGUUCCCUUCUUUCCCCCCUCUUAUUUAUACCGCCGCUGGAAGGGAAAUGUGACUAAGCACUUCGGCUCUGACGGGUUGACUGUCUUUCUGUGAAAUUAUUUUUUAAGAACUGCAGAAUUUGAGAAAUGUGUAAUGUCUGAUUGAAUAAAAGUCCUAUGCAAUAAGAA